AUGACAAUCCGAGGUAGAAAAACUAAACGUGGUCAAGGGAGAGGUCGCAGCAAUCCACCACAAGCUUCUACUUCCCUAGGUGUCAAGGUUGACCAGAGCAAAAUUCAAAAGAAAAGACUGGUAAAGGGGUUUGAUGCAUUAGAUAAUAAUAGGGAAUCCACCCCUUUUAAUUCUGAACAGAGUGAUGAAGACAAAGACUACAAUGAUGGUGAUGAUGAAGAGAUGCAACUCAUCACGGAUGAAAUUAAUCAACAAAAAUUACCGGAGCACCAAGCUGCUGAUGCAAAUAAUAUGGAAAAAUGUAUUGAAUCUAGUUUUGGAUUUUCCAACCAUGUGAGGCCAGCAAGCGGAGGAUCCUAUGUAGAAACAGAUAGGCGAAAAGUUACAUCUUUAGAGGGAAUCUAUAACUCUAGCCGACGAGUUACUCGUAGUCGAGGGAGAGGUCGUAGUGAUCCACUAGAGUCUUCUCAAUCAGGCAUUGAUCCACCACUACAACCAGUACAAACUUCAGUUUCCCAUGGCGUUAAGAAUGGCGGGAAUAAAAUUCAAAAGAAGGGACGGGGUAAGGGGGUUGAUACAUUAAAUAAUAAGCAGAAGUCUACUGUUUUUAAUUCUGAACAGAAUGAUGAACACUGCAUCAAUAAUGAUGGAUCCAAUUUUGAGCUUUCCAACAAAGCGGGAUCAUCAAGCGUAGGAUAUCAUGUAGGAACUGAUGCCAGAAAAGUUAUAUCUGUAGAGGGAAUCUCUAACCCAGGUAGAGGUAGAGGAAUUAAACGUGGUCGAGAGAAAGGUCGUAGUAAUCCACCAGUGCCUUCUAAAUCGUGUGUUGAUCCUCCAUCACCACCACCACCACCACCGACACAUACUUCGGUUUCCCCAGGUGUCCAGAAUGACAGUAACAGAGGUAGAGGAAUUAAACGUGGUCGAGGGAGAGGUCGUAGUGAUCCACCAGUGCCUUCUAAAUCAUGUGUUGAUCCACCACCACCGCCACCACCACCACCACUGACACAUACUUCGGUUUCCCCAGGUGUCCAGAAUGACAGUAACAGAGGUAGAGGAAUUAAACGUGGUCGAGGGAGAGGUCGUAGUUAUCCACCAGUGCCUUCUAAAUCAUGCAUCGGUCAACCACCACAACCUGCAGCAGCAGCUUAUACUUCGGUUUCCCCAGGUUUCCAGAAUGUCUAUAACAGAGUUCAAAGGAAAGGACUUGCUAAGGGGUUUGAUGCAUUAAAUAAUAAGCAGAAAGCCACUGCUUUUUACUCUGAACAUAAUGAUGAGUAUUAUGAUUUUAGUGACAGUGAAGAUGAAGAGAUUCAACGCAUCACGGAGAAAAUUUAUCAAAGACAAUUACUCAAGCAGCGUAUUGCAAAUAAUGUGAAACAACGCAUUGGCGCCAGUUUUGGACUUUCCAACAAUGUGAGGCCAUUAACCGGAGGAUCCCAUAUUGAAGCUGAUAGGAGAAAUGUCGUGUCUGUAGAGGGCAUCCUAACCAGUAGAAGAAUUAAACAUGGUCGAGGGAGAGGUCCACCUGUGCAUUCUCAAUCAUGCAUCGAUCAACCACCACAACCAGCUGCAGCAGCACAUACUUCGGUUUCCCCAGGUUUCAAGAAUGUCUAUAACAGAGUUCAAAGGAAAGAACAUGUUAAGGGGCUUGAUACAUUAAAUAAUAAGCAAAAAGCCACUUCUUUUAAUUCUGAGCAUAAUGAUGAAUACUAUGAUUAUAGUGAUAGUGAAGAUGAAGAGAUACAACUCAUCACAGAGAAUGCGAGGCCAUCAUGUGGAGGAUCCCAUAUAGAAGCUGAUAGGAGAAACAUUGUGUAUGUAGAGGGCAUCUCUAACCCAGGUAGAGGAAUUAAACGUGGUCGAGGGAGAGGUUGUAGUGAUCCACCAGAGCCAUCUCAAUUAUGCAUUGAUCCACAACCAGCGUCAGCAUUGAAUGGUACAACACCGGAAGAUUUGUCCCCCACUCAUGAAAUUCCACAUCAACUUCCAACAUCUAAGCAAUGUGUUGGGCGUGAAUCUACACAAUAUUGGACUGUUGAAGCAAUAGACCCACAAGGAGUUAUUAAGAAGAUACAACUCAAGUAUUGGCUAGUCAAUGACUUGCCUAUUGGGCUGCGUGUAAUUGUGAACUUUGAUGACCAAGGUGCUGCAUAUGGUGAAGCACAAGGCUUGCUUGCAGGAUAUUGUGGAACAUUAGCAACUAAUUGCAAAUUAUUUCCAAUUAAUUUUGAAAGGUGGUCUGGAAAAUCGGGCGUACCAAAGGCUUACCUUGAUAAUUGUUUUGAAACAGAGUUAAAGCCUCGAUUUCAAUUUAGGACUACUGAGUCCCUUGCGAAGAGAUAUUGCAAACUUAGCAUUGCAAAGAAGUGGGCUGCAUAUAGACAAAGUUUGUGGACUCGUUUCUAUGAUCCAUCCAAAACCCUAGAACAAAUCAUCAGUGACAUUCCACUUGGUGUAGACCCAAUUCAAUGGGCUCAUUUUGUUGACUAUCGUUUGAAACCAGAAACAUUGGAGAUUUGUCGAAAAAAUAAAGAAAAUCGAAGCAAGCAAGUGAUUCCUCAUACUGGUGGUUCUAAACCUCUUUCGAGAAAAAGACAUGAAAUGUUUUUGAAAACAGAGAGAAUAGCGGAACAAAUUGAAGAGGCUUUGGCUCAAAGUAGUGUUGAUGAACUUGAAAUGUCUACUAAUGAUGUUGUCGGUAGAGUGUUUGGGCCCGAGCACUCUGGAAGAGUGCGUUGCAUGGGUAUGGGGGCAGCUCCUACAAAUACAUUUAGAGAUAGCGGAGUUCGACUUUCAAUUUUGAGGAAUUCUUCGAAGGAUGCUGCUACAUCAUCUUCUAACUUUUGGCAAGAGAAGUACACACACUUGGAAUCUCAAGUUCAAAACGCUAUGACAGCAUUUAAAGCAUACAUUGUAAUGAAAGAGGGAAGGAUUCCCGAUGAAAUGGCUAACAUCUUUGAUUCACCAAAUGCGGUUGGUGUUGCAAGUGAGCCUAAUUUGCCUUGA